UGGGCACGGUCACGAAGGCUACUCUUUGCCUGUCGGCGCAGUGAGGGUUACCUAGCUUCAGGCAACUAUGACAGUGACAAUGAGCACGAACAGGGAGAGAAAAGAACAGGGGAUGUCAUAUCUGCCCAGCCCAUGGGAUCAGAGCGGAUGGAGAUGCGAAAGAGGCAGAUGUCGGUGCAGCAGGAGUCGGUGGCGGGGGGCACUGCACCGACCCAGCAGGACCAGCAGGGCCAGGGGAACCGUGGCUCCAACGCCUGCUGCUUCUGCUGGUGCUGCUGCUGCAGCUGCUCUUGUCUCACUGUUAGGAAUGAAGACAGAGAGAACAGGAACAGGAGAGCCUCCUACGAUGUUAAAGGGGAAGGGACAGGAGAAAUCGAGGACAGUCCAAAACCCACUGUGGAGGAGGUCCGCUCAUGGGGACAAUCCUUUGACAAGCUGAUGCGUUGCCCUGCUGGCAGGAGUGCCUUCCGGCAGUUUCUGCGUACUGAAUUCAGUGAGGAGAACAUGCUUUUUUGGCUGGCCUGUGAGGAGUUCAGCAAAGAAACCAAUAAGACCAUUAUUGAGGAGAAGGCGAGGCUUAUAUAUGAAGACUACAUUUCUAUUCUCUCACCCAAAGAGGUGAGCCUCGACUCCAGGGUCCGAGAGGUGAUCAACCGAAAUAUGCUGGAGCCCACGUCCCACACCUUUGAUGAUGCCCAGCUCCAGAUCUACACGCUAAUGCAAAGAGACUCGUACCCACGCUUCAUGAACUCCCCAGUAUACAAAAACCUGCUCAAGAGCCUUUCUGAGCAGUCUCCGGAAUCCUAG